GAGUAGCAGAGUAUUUCAGUCUGUUAUACGACCUGUUUCGUGGAGUGUUCUCACGCGAAUAGUUCACGCUUACCGAAAAGUUUUUAUUUUUUAAGAAAAAAAGGCAAUUUGUUUUCAACAAUAAUACAUCAUUUGUUGGUUAAACUUUUGACGAAUACACGGGGAUUUACUAAUUCGUGAGACACGUGUCCAUUUAAGAACGUUUAUGCCGAAUUUCCAAUUUGUGAAAAACAAAGAAAAGUGUGGAAAAAUGGAAACCGAAAUUAUCGAGGCCAAUGAAUGAGAAACUUUGUGAUAGAGUGGAUAUUUUUCCAUAGGAAAAUGCAUUCGGUUGGUCUGUGUGUUCUGUGAGAAAUUGUGUUGAAUAAUUUUGUUAAUUAAAGUUGAAAGGCGAAUACAAUGGGCAAUUAUUGUAGUUCAACAUCCAAGGAUAAAGAUAACCGUUCGGAAAAAUCUAACGAUUCACCAUCCUAUCAACUAGUAAAAAAGAAAACGGAAGAUUCGAAAGAAGCGCCACUAGCUGAUCCUGAACCAACGUCUGAUAUAUCAAAUCAAAACAUACCAGCGUACAACGGUAACAUUAAUCGCCCCGAAGCAAUUACCGAAUAUUCGAAACUACCAUCGCAUAAAGCACUACAAAGUGUUCAAUCAGAUUCCACUUCCAAUAGUCCUGUUACAGUACAUCCGCCAUGUGAACUGCCAAUUGUACAAUCUCUACCUCAAAAUUUGCUUCCUCUAAAUGGAUUUCCAACCAAAAACCGUCGAACGGCCAAUGAUCAGAAAAUUGUUCUGUACAUAUUAGCCGCUGAUAAUGGUCACAAUACCGAAAAAUCGGUACUACUGUCAUUGUUCAAUGAUUUAAAGACAGCCUGUGCAUCGAGAGGAUUCGAAAUUUACUUGUCAGAUGUGCAUCGACGGCACGAUGAAAAUUUUCUGGACGCUACAUGCUGGAUUGAUGGACCACUUGAAGCCAAAGGAGGUCAUCAUUUGGCCGCAAAUUGUCUAGCUGAAAUUACACGACAUUCGAACCUUUCCUACAUAAUUCCGAUAAUAUUUUUGGGUACAUCUUUGGGUAGUCCACUGUUGCCACUAACUAUCGAAAACCAUGACUUUGUGUCGGCAUUAAGUGCAGCUGGAUCGCUAAACGACAAAGAGCUCUUAGAGAAAUGGUACAUUUUGGAUAAUAAAGCUCAGCCGCAAUGCUAUCGACUGAAAACUAGUGAAAUUUUGCCAUCCGACGAUUCGUCGAAAGAACUGGAGUUGCUAUUGACUACUUUACUGAAAACUUUCCCCAAAGAAAUGCGGGACUCAUAUUUGACCACCGUUGUGGAGCAGGAGAUCAACAACACUGUACUGAUAAGUCAGGAGCUGCUGAAACGCUGCAUUUGGAUACAGACCGGAUCAUUACCGCCCAAAUCCAUCGAAAGCGGUUCGUUGUUGGAAAUUGAAAUGAAUAGGAGAAUCAACAACAUUCACAAUGAUUUACGGAAUCAGAUACCCGAAAGAAAUCUUAUUCGAAUCCCACCAACCAUUCAAUUGCAAAAUGAUCAACUCGCGUCAAUUAUGGGAACCUUAUUAUCAGCCAAUAUCGAUUCGAUCAUCGACGAGCACGUAAAUAAACUCAAAAUUCCUUUCUGUACAUAUGGCGUUGAUCGACGUUUGUUGGAAGAAAUCGAAGCUGUAAAUCAGCACUCGAAAGUUUUGGGACAGAAUUGUGCAAACUUUAGCAUUAUGGACAGAAUUAAGAGUUACAUCACUCAACCAUCAUCGGAGCCAUUAGUUGUAUUCGGAAAACCGGGAUGUGGUAAAAGUGUUUUAUCAGCAAAGGUAGCCCUCGACGUUCACACAUGGGUGCCGGAUUGUAAUUUGGUUAUUCGAUAUACUAAACUGACACCUUUGUCAUCAGACAUCGUAUCUAUUGUCGGUUCCAUUGCCGAGCAAAUAUGUUACUUGACAAAAACCAUAACGUGCGUAGGUCCUCAUGACAUCGACUUUUAUUCAACUAAAAUCCAAGAUUGCAUACAAGCCGCCAAGCAACCACUAAUUAUAUUCAUCGAUUCAUUGGAAUCUGCGGAUAAUCUAAAUGAUCUCAAUUGGCUGCCGACACAGUUGCCGGAUAAUGUGAAAAUUAUUCUAACCAUUUCGUCCGAGGCCGGCAAUCUGGAUAAAUUGGAAAAUGACGAUGGCUUACUGAAAAUACUCAAGGAGAAGCUGAAUGUGACGCAAUUCGUUCAUCUAAAUCAAUUCUCAAUAGAUCAGUGGAAGGAUGUGCUGUUGUUUGGUGGUGGUGAUUUCUAUGCGGCUAACGGUGUCUUGCAUUUACCAGAGGACUGGCAGAGUAGUAUCGAGAAAAUUCCACUUCAGGCUAAGAUUUUCUGGUGGUUGGCAUGGCUUGGCGAAUUCGAUUUGAAAGACAUAAGCUUAGCCAAUAUUUGUGAUAAAGUAUUCGAAAUACUAGAAAACCAAUUCGACGUUGACGUUACCAAAUUUCUGAUUUCACUAAUUGUUGCAUCGCGUGAUGGAGUUCUGGAAUCGGAGAUCACUGAACUAUUGGAACAAUCAAAAUUGGUGGAAAAACAUCCGUCGAGUGUAUGGAUUAAAUUUUGCUGGAUUAUGGGACCAAUGUUAUUGCACACCAAUUCGAUAAUGCUGAUAGACAAGACGUUACGAACGAUUGCUGCAAAACGCUACGAAAAACAACUGAAACAUUCGCAUAAAUUGCUUCUUGAUUAUUACACCAGUCAGGACAGUGAGAUAACCAGUAAAAAUGGCAAAUUGAAAUGUUACAAUAAGAAAAAGUUCAUUGAACUGCCUUAUCAUGCAUUUAAGAAUGACGAAAAAUCGUACGCUUCGUCAUCCUAUCUCACCGACAUAAAUUGGAUAUACAACAAACUUGUUGCAACCGGAUGCAUCCACAUUUUGAACGACAUAUACUUGUGUGGGAACGCCCAACUGAAGUCGAACAAACAUUUACAGCUUUUAGUGCGGUUCCUAACGACCAACAUUCGUUCAUUAAAUUACGACGGCCGACAAUUUUAUUCAUUGUUUCCGUCAUUCUUGGAAAAGCAGUGCACAGCCGACGGUAAUGUACGGACUGAUAAGGUCGUGAUUAAAUGGCUGGAGCAAUUGAAAGUGGUUCCGAUUCCUUAUUUGGAGGAGCUGAUAAGUGCUGAAGAGGAAAUUGAUCAAAAAACUGUCGGGUACGACGCCAUCAUAAAUCUAGGCGGCAAGGGAUACUUUGUGGCUUCGUUGAGCACCGAAAGAGAGGAGAUUUGCGUUUGGGAUGUAUCGAAAUGCACCAAAGUCAGAGUACUGAAAGGAAUACCACAACCGACCGCUCUCUGUCCAGUUGGUGAUUACGGUGCUGCUGUAUUGUGUCGCCGUGAAAUCAAAGUGAUAGACUUAAAUGAAGGCGCUUUCAAGGUAACACUCAAAGGUGUCAUGAAUCAGAAAAUGCCAUACUUUGGUCUUCAUGAUUCACAGCAUUUGGUGUGUCUGUCUCGGAACCGUAUGUACGUGAAUCUAAUGAAUUUGGAAUCAGGUGAUUGUAUCACAACGUUCAAGGCUGGCGAGGACAGAUUCUUGAACUCAUUGCUUGUGUCUGGUGAUGGCAGAAUUCUAGUUUGUGGCGAUGAGACGCAAAAACCGUUCCCGCUAUUAGUUUGGCACUUGUCACAGCGCAAACUUCUGUACGAUCUUCGAAUUCCGCACCACGAUUUCUUAACGGCACUGAGUGCUAUUACACACGAGGGUUCGUACGUAUCAGUGGUCGCUAAGGAACUGAAUGAACCGACACCAAACUUCAUCGUUGUCUAUGACCUACAGAGCGGCACUUUGUUCAAGAAAUGGAAACCGUCGUGUAACACCGUAUCUAUAGCCAUAUCGCAAACAAACACUUGCGUCAUCGCUGGUCUCGAAGACGCGAGAAUAUUGAUUUGGGAUUUGGUGACGGGCAAUUGUAAAUAUACUCUGGUCGGCCACAAUGCGCCCGUUACAUCGUUGAAAUUGGAUCCGCAAGGGCGGGUGCUGCUGUCAGCCGAUAAAGAGGGACGCGAUUUGUCAGUUCGGAUGUGGGAAUUAGAUUCAGGCAAAAUGUUAGCGGUUCAUACGUCGCCAGUGCAGGUCACAACUUGUGAAAUUUUACCGGACGGGAAAUUUAUAAUUUUAGCUUUACAAAAUCAACCAAAUUUAGUAACUUUGAGACUUAAGAAUGGCCAAAGAAAUAGUCAGUUGAAAGACCAGGAAAAUGAUGAGAACGUUUGCUAUGGCAACGCGGAUAACGAUAAAAAAUCAUUUCAGUUGUAAGUGAAUGGAAAGUUUUUUCUUUAGUUUAAGAAAAUUAGUAAAAUUAAAAAAAAAAAAAGUUCAAACAAAACUGCAUGACCAACCCAUCAAUAUUACAAUUUACCAAUUUAGAAGCAAGGAUGAAACACCGUUACACACAGAAAAAGAGUUAAAAGUAGAAUGUAGUCAUAGCGAAGGAGAUUCGAUGUAGAAACUAAUGGGACAAUUUUUGAGUUCUUUCCAACUAAAAUUCGACCAAACUUUGAAAUCGUGCUCGUGCACAUAGCCGUCCAGUUGUAUGAUUCAAUGUUAACAUUGAAGAUAAAAGGCCAAAUGCACAAAUCUCGUCACUAGCACGUUGUAACGUCCGCCUCAGAACCCAUUUUAAUUGAUAGGUAACUGAACCAUUGAUCACAAUAACACAAUUUCUGGAUAUUCAUACUGAAACACUUACAAGUAACAUUUUUCGCUGGUAACUUUUUCUUUAUUCAAAAGAACAUCGCCGUACAGUUUCAUUGGAAUUUUUACAGUGAAUGUUUCUGCACAAAUCUAAUCAAUCAAUGGACUUUUCAACAAUUUUUUCCACUCGAAAUAUUUUACAAUUUACCCUUAAUUCAAAAACAAUUUCUGGGACAAUUCUCAGUUCUAAUGACAUAUCAAAAUCGCGCAAUGUGAAAGUUUAAAAAUUGUGUGAACUGUACGAGGAAACGCAACUUUCUAGAAUAUUUAAUUAGGCGUGUCCUGCCCAACAUACUUUCUAAUACGAUAAUUUGAGAGGUUAAUAAAAAAAAUUAAAGGAAAGCAUGAGCUCGGGGCUAUGAAGAAUUCGAAUGGAAAUGAUUACAAUUAAUGAACAGAAAUGGUUUUGUUUUACGUUUAUUUAGACAUUUAGCAAAGAAAAAGAUGUAAUUUCAAUGUAAAUCUAUGUUCGAUUUAAAUCACCGCACGUAAAUGACAAAUUAUUUAUACAGAGCAAUAAAUGACGUCUACAGUCUUACAUAGUUCAAUUUUACUCAGAUACAAUAGAAAUGUUUCCCGAUUUCACUGAAUUUAAACAUCUUCAAAUCUUCUACUUCUAAUGUUCAGAUUAUUUUUUUAGUAGUUCGCUGUACAUUUUCCCUUCAUUUUAACAUAUUUCCCUAAUUUGUCAUAUAAGACCGCUAUCGUUAACAGACGAGAAGCCUGUUCUAAAAGCUUUGAAAACUACUUUCUAAAUGUCGCUAAGUGGGCAGAGCUCAUUUUAAAGAAUUUCAUUUCUGAAAAUUUUUUUAAAAUCCGAAAAAAAAUCCAGAAUUUUUUAAGAAUUUUCAAAAUUAAAAUUCUUCAAAAUAAGUUCUACUAAGUUCUAUGGGUCUUUAUUGACUGUGAAAAGCGUUUACAUUUGCAAAAAAAGACCUUUUUCAGGUAUAAAGUGAACAACUUGCCCGAAAUGGUUUGUGAGCAAUUCGGGUGAAAAUUAUAUUUACACUCGUCAAACCAUGAAAAUACUGAAUAUCACGCGUCAAAAGUUAUCGGAAACCACACUUUUUUUAGUUCUCUCUCAGCAGACCUUGCAAACAGGUCUAGGGAUUCAAGGCGAUGUUUUCCUUAAUGGUGGAUUUUAUUUAUGUUAUUCGUCAAAGAGAGAAAUUUCAUACGAAGGCGGAGCUUACUCCACUUCGUCUCGACGAAACGUUCAUACUCAUGCAAAAAUUAUUCUCUCGUUAUAUGAAUUCACACGUAUACUGUAAUUUCGUGGUUUCAAUCCAAGUGAUGCAAAUAACUAUUUCGUACCGUGCUGUGUAAUGUCGGAACGAGCUAUAAAUGUCACACUAGACGUUAGCAUAUUUUAUUUAACCGAGACGUAGCCGAGUUCAAUAUAAACAAACAAAAACUUAACUUUUCAUUACUAUUCUAAUCCAUACCCAACUGACCAAGACCAUGCACGGUGACCGUUGAAACUGUUGUCCGUGCACAGAAAAACCUUCUACGCGAACAGUAAUUACAGAUUGGUUUUCAAUCAUUUUUACGUGCGGAAAUUUAAUU